AUGUUCUCCGUCUGCGUUCACCACCCAGUCGACAAGCUCAUGUCUGCGCCUGUAGUCUUCAUCCAGUAUCUCGUCGCCAUGGCCAUUGUCCAGGGCGUCAAGUCCUACGAUAAGGGUUACGACACCUUGCCAAUAAAAUUAAAAUGGCCAAACGAUAUAUACGCCCUGGAUCCAUCCGAUCCAACCUGCAAAACAUACACCAAAAUAGGCGGCAUUCUAGUCAAUGCCCACUAUUCAUCAAGCGAGUACAUCGCUGUGGUAGGCGCAGGCCUCAACGCUCUAAACCCAGCCCCCACAACAUCCCUAAACGCCCUCCUACAAACCUUCAAAACGACAUCAAACCCAGAACCUCCAUCUCUGGAAAAACUCCUAGCCCGUAUCCUUACCGCCUUUGAAGAGUUGUAUGCCCGCUUCCUCCGCACUGGCUUCGACAAGGAGUUUGAAGACAUGUAUUACUCCAACUGGCUUCAUAUGGACCAGAUCGUCAUAUUAGAGGCUGAGGGCGGAGUGCGUGCGAAGAUCAAGGGUAUCACGAGGGAUUAUGGCCUUUUGAUUGCUGAGGAAUUGGGAUGGGAGGACCGGCCGACGGGGAAGGUCUGGCAGUUGCAAAGUGAUAGUAACAGCUUUGAUUUCUUCAAGGGGCUGUUGAAGAGAAAGAUGUAA